AUGUUACGUGUCUUAAUAGUAACCGGUUUCGGUUUAGAAGGUGAGCUCCACAAUUUCAACUUUUCAUCUUUCUCAAACAUCGUUAGUCUUGACUUGAGCGAGAACAAACUCUUUGGAACCGUUACCUCCCAAAUUAGUGUUCUUACAAAACUCACCCACCUUGAUCUUUCCUUCAAUAAACUUUCUGGAGAUAUUCCACCAGAAAUAGGUUUUCUCACAAGUCUGCUAUAUUUAGACCUUUCUGAAAAUCAAAUCAGUGGAUCCAUCCCUCAAGAAACUGGCAAUUUAUAUCUUCUUACUGAUCUAAUGUUGUACAUGAAUAAUCUGACUGGUUCCAUACCUACUUCUAUAUGCAAUCUGACCAGCUUGACCAUUUUAUCGAUUCAUGAAAAUCAACUCUCUGGUAUCAUUCCUCGAGAUAUAGGAAGGCUACGGUCUCUUACAAUAUUGGAUUUGGCCGUAAACAAUAUCACUGGUUCAAUCCCUACUUCAAUAUCUAGUUUGACCAACUUGGAACAUUUAUCAAUUUUUGAAAAUAACCUUUCUGACAUCAUACCUCUAGAAAUUAGUGGGCUAAGAUCUCUUAUUAACUUUUAUCUGCACAAAAACAAUCGCAUUGGUUCAUUCCCUGCUUCUUUAACCAAUUUGACGAGGUUGAACACUCUUAAUCUACAUGACAACCAACCUUCUAGUACAAUUCCUAGAGAUAUCGGAAAGCUAAGUUCUCUUACAAACUUAGAUUUGGCCUCAAACAAUAUCUAUGGUUCACUCCCUACUUCAAUGUGCAAUUUAACCAACUUGGACUAUUUAUCAGUUUUUGAAAAUAACCUUUCUGACAUCAUACCUCGAGAAAUUGGUAGGCUAAGAUCUCUUACAAGUUUUUAUUUGUACAAAAACCGACUCAAUGGUUCAAUCCCUGCUUCUUUAAUCAAUUUGUCUAGCCUAGAGACUCUUUUACUAUUUGAAAACCAACUUUCUGGCACAAUCCCUCAAGAUAUAGGAAGGCCAAACUCUCUUAUGACCCUUGAUUUCUCCACCAACAAACUCUCUGGUUCAAUCCCCGCAUCAAUAGACAAUUUGAGAAAUUUAACUCAUUUAUCUCUAUUUCAAAAUGAAUUAACUGGUUCAUUAGAAUUCAUCAACAAUCUGACACAGUUGAAAGUAAUGUAUUUGAACGAGAACCAUUUUUCUGGUUAUUUACCUCAAAACCUUUGUCCAAGUGGAACACUUGAAGUAUUUGUGGCACAUGAUAACCAUUUCAGGGGUCCUAUACCAAGAAGCCUUAGAAACUGCACUAGCCUUAGAAAUCUGGGACUCGAAAAUAAUGAACUGGUCGAUAAUAUUAUAGAGAAUUUAGGUGAACUUUAUCUUAGUUCAAAUAAUUUAGUUGGGGAAAUUCCAGAUGAGUUGCUGAAACUGCCGUCAUUGAUCGAAUUAGAUUUGAGUAAUAACCAGCUUUUUGGUCCGUUGUCUUCGGCAAUUGGAAUGUUGUCCAACCUAAAAUAUCUAGAUUUCUCAACUAAUAAUCUCAUCAAAUCAAUACCCAAACAACUAGGAGAGUGUUCAAAUUUAUUAUAUUUUAAUUUAAGAACAAACAAUUUUAAUGAAAGCAUCCCACCUCAGAUUGGUAACUUGGAUUCGUUACAGAUGUUGUUAGAUCUUACUUACAAUGAGUUUAGUGGAGAAAUACCAUCAGAUUUUGGUAAAUUAAGCAAACUAGAACAUUUGAAUUUAUGCCACAACCAAUUUUCCGGCUCGAUUCCUUCAUCAUUUGAUCAAAGGCUUAGCUUGACCACUGUCGACAUUUCUUACAACGAAUUGAGUGGUCCUGUUCCAAAUAUUAAGGCAUUUAAGGAUGCUCCCGUUGAUGCACUGAAGAACAACAACGGAUUAUGUGGUAAUAUCUCCAGAGGUAUCAAACCGUGUAAUACUAAUCCUACAACUGAAGUCGAAGAAGAUGUUCAAGAGGAUACAAAUGAGAGAAUAUUGUUUUACGGUGUUAUUGCUUUAGGGUUCGGGGUCGGAUUUGUUGGAGCAUGUGGACAUCACAUAUGUAUAACUAGUAUAGUCCCACACGGAAUAAGAGGACAAGAAGACGAUGGUACUUGCUGUUUGGUGAUGCAGACGAUGACAGAAGCUGAUGGACAAAGAGCGCUUGUAAUAGCUUUUUUAGAUCUGGUUUCUGUGGAGGCGAUGGAGAAGACGAGAAGAAAUGUUGAGAAACGAUAUUAA